GGCGCCGUGCUCCGCUCCGGCUAACAUUAGCAGACUGACCCGCUUGGCUCACAGUCAACAUUUCCCCAAUGCCGAUGUGAUUGUUUAUGUUUUCUCCCGAGCUGGACGGCGUUAAUAGGAAGCGGCGGAUGGUAACCAGAAAGACGUAGCUGGAGCGGGCUAUGCAAAGAAACGAGGAUCCAUGGCAAAGUGGCUGAAGGACUACUUAAACUUUGGCAGCAGGCGUGAUCCUCCUCAGCCCCCGAGGCCAGAUUAUACUGAGAGUGAGAUUUUGAGGGCCUACAGAGCGCAGAAGGAGCUGGACUUUGAGGACCCUUACCAGCACUCUGAUAAGGAGCACCAGAAUGGAGGAUUCAGCUCCUGCAGUGCCACAGUGAGCCUUCCUUCUUUCCCUGCGUUUGGUUCCGUACUGCCAAAUGGUGUCGAGGUGAAAGUCGUGUCUCCAAAACACAGACUAAUCAAAGUGGACUCUCAGGAGUUUGGUCGCUGUAAAGUCCCUCUGAGUCCCGUGACAGUUCAAGAAGAGCCGGUGGUUCCUUCUGCUCCAGCAGCGUCAGACACCGACACCGACUAUUCUGAUCCGUUUGAUGCUCGUCCAGACCCAAGAAGCAGGCCAAACUGGGAGCCUAAAUCUGCACCGACUGACUGCUGCAGUUAUAUGGAGCCUUUCGAGGCUCAGCGGAUUAUUUCAGAACUGCAAAACAGCAUGAUGUCAAACAAGUCUGUGGGUGGAGAUGGCGGCCAGCUGUAUGACAACCCGUACGAGGAGAGGAGUCGUCACCACCAUCGGGCCGCUGCACCUGCACAACACCAAACCCCGAAGGCUGACGCUGGACUGGGCCUGAUAGACAGCAGGGAGAGCCGGCUGCCUCAGGACGACGAGAGGCCGGCUGAUGAGUACGACCAGCCCUGGGAGUGGAAGAAAGACGAUAUCUCCAAAGCUCUUGCAGUUCAGUUUGAAGGGGCGGAAAGAGAACGCUCCCGUGUUCAGACCGAACAGACCAGACUAACCAAGACCGGUGCGAUGCCUGCACCAUCGGAGCCAACCACGCUGCGGCUGGCUGGCGACACUCCUCCGCUGCUGGGCGAGAGAGUGGAUCCAUUUCUGCCUCUGGAGAAUCAAGUGUGGUACCACGGAGCGCUGAGCCGCUCGGAGGCAGAGACUCUCCUGACUCUGUGCAAAGAGAGCUCCUACUUGGUGAGGAACAGCCAGACCAGCCGAAACGACUUCUCACUCUCCCUCAGGAGCUGCAAAGGCUUCAUGCACAUGAAGUUCACUCAGUUGGCUGACGGCCGGUACGUCCUGGGAGAAAACAGCCCCCCCUUCUCCACCAUCCCCGAGGUCAUCCACUACUACACCACGCACAAGCUGCCCAUCAGAGGAGCCGAGCACAUGUCACUACUGUACCCUGUCAUAGUGCAGACUCUCUGACACACACACACACACACACUCACACACACACACAAACUGUCUCUCCUGGUGCUACUGAAAACAAUAUAUACUCAACAGUGACCAAUUUCUGACUCUUUUCCUACAUUGCGUAUUCACUGCCAUCCUACCUGCACUGCUUUCAAGAGAUUAGACUGUUUGGUGCCAUUUUCCCUUUAUUUUUUUAAUAAUAAUCCCAGUAUCUACACUGGCAGCUUAACGAGAGAGUUCAGUGCCUCAUGAGCCUAUGCCUGUGAAAUGGUAUCAUCACUGAAAUCCCUGUUGUUGUUGUUGUUUUUUUUUUUUUUUUCAUUUCAUGAAUCAUUAAAAAUCCUCGGUUGCUGGUUGUAAGAUUUCUAGCCAAGUGCUUUUAGGCUGAGGAGAAAAAGACAAAGACGAGUCUCAAGCUGCCUUGAGACGGUAGAAUUUUCUAUAAUCUUGCAUGGAGAUUUGUCCCUAUUAGUUAUGCAGAGUCUGUGAGUUCGCCUGUACUGCCAGGUCACUUCAAGAAUAAUAGUAACGGGACUUUUGGGCUUCAGCUUUUGCCCCAUAAUCAAGGUGGUGUUUUUCCAGAAGCAGCUAUUUUCAUGUGAAUUUAAAACUGGCAGGUGAAGGUGGCUGUCACAGUGUAUGAUUUCAUCUAGACAUAGAUAUUAAAGACGCUCUUGGCAGCGUGAUAGAUUUAUACACAUUACUGUUAUUAUCCUUUUGAAAUGUUAUUUACUAGACAAACCAAACGCUACAUAAUCAGCCCAGGCCAUGUAUCAGCUCUGGGGUUCCUCUCCCGCCUGUGAAUGUUUUGCGAUGCUGUAGCCCCGCAGUGUUCUCGGUUCAUCGUGCUGUUGUGUGAACGACGCAAAGUGACAGUAUUAUGUCAGGCAGACAUAGCGUGUUAACGUCGCACAACCGCACACUCCUGCAAUACUAGUUUAGAGAAUAAUAUUUCCAGUAUUAUAUCGAAAAGCUUGUGGCUUUGUGAUCAUGAACACUAAAGAUGCUUUGGUAGUUUAUUUACUGUGUACUGUUUUAUAAGAUUUUAAAUGUUUAAAAUAAAGGUGUUGUUUUGUUUUCA